AUGAGGUACAAUAGUUUUCAGAGUGGGAAGACCUUUCCUAUUUGUCCUGAAUGUGGCCGGAGGCAUCUAGGUGAAUGCAAAAGGGGAGAAAAUGUUUGCUAUCGUUGUGGGAGACCGAGUCAUAUGGCAUGGGCUUGUAAAGGACCACCGAUCCAUACACCAGUUCAUAGACAACUUCAGGGUGGUUAUCAGGCACCCUGUGGGGACCAGCAGAGGAACACAGCACCGGAGAGGGUGUAUGCUUUGAUGCCAAAAGAUGCUGAGGCUGCUGGAGACAUUGUUACAAGUGCCACCCAUUCUUUUGUCUCAUCAGGGUAUGCUAAAUUAGCUGGGAUUGAAGCGCGAUUGUUAGAUAUUGAGUUGGUUGUAGCCAUGUCGAUUGGAUCUACUGUGAGGUGUAGGAAGUCAUAUGUGGUAUACUUAGGGGGGCACUCGGGCGUUGGGAAAGCUUCUGAAUGGGAUGCCCAUGCAGCUGCAGUCGCCGAUUCCCACUACCAGCUUUUGGGUUCUUGCUUGGGAAGCGUGGAGAAGGCAAAGGAAGCAAUUUUUUACUCUUAUACAAAUUAUAUCAAUGGUUUUGCUGCAGUCCUUGAUGACCAGGAAGCGAUUGCCCUCUCUGAGCAUCCAAAAGUCAUAUCUGUUUUUAGAAAUGAGAAGAAAGAAUUGCACACGACAAGGUCAUGGAAAUUUUUGGGAUUAGAGGGAAGCAGAGGGGAGAUUCCUACUGAUUCUGUUUGGCCCAAGGCCAAUUUUGGGGAAGAUGUCAUCAUUGCAAAUCUUGAUACGGGGGUCUGGCCAGAGUCCGAGAGCUUCAGUGAUGAAGGCAUUACUACACCCAUACCAAACAAGUGGAAAGGGUCCUGUGAUGGACUUCAAUGCAACAGGAAGUUGAUUGGAGCAAGGUACUUCAGCAAAGGGUUUGAAGCUGCCCUGGGUCGACUCAACUCCUCUAACUUUUCCCCUCGUGAUACUGAAGGCCAUGGUUCCCACACCUUGUCCAUUGCUGGCGGCCGCUUUGUCUACCCUGCUAGCCUUUUUGGCUCUGGCUAUGGAACCGCCAAGGGCGGUGCUCCACUUGCCCGACUUGCUACCUACAAGGUCUGUUGGUUUGCGGGAUGUUUCGAUGCUGAUAUUUUGGCCGCCUUCGACGUAGCCAUCUACGAUAGGGUUGACAUCCUCUCUCUCUCUCUCGGUUCUAUUGGCUCUAAUGAUUACUUUUCAGAUUCUGUAGCCAUUGGCUCAUUCCAUGCUACCCAACAUGGGAUUUUGGUGGUUUGCUCUGCUGGCAACGAAGGACCCAAUCCCAGCACCGUUACAAAUGUGGCACCAUGGAUCCUCACUGUCGGAGCCGCUACCAUUGAUAGAGAUUUUCCUUCUUAUGUCGUUCUCGGUAAUAACAAGAAAUUUAAGGGAGUGAGCUAUAUCACCAAUACUCUCCCAAUCAAGACAUUUUAUCCUUUAAUACAGUCUGUGGAUGCUAAAGCUACCAAUGCUUCAACCAUAGAAGCGCGGCUUUGUGUUGUUGGAUCCCUUGACCCAACAAAGGUGUCAGGGAAGAUUGUGCAUUGUUGCCGCGGUGGAGUUACUCUGGCCUAUAAAGCAUUUGCUGUUGCUCAGGCCGGCGGCAUUGGCAUGAUACUAUCUAAUCAAUUUUCCAAUCAAUAUACGCCUCCUCUACCCCACAUCCUGCCUACUUCACAUGUCUCCACCGCUGAUGGGCUUGCCAUUUCAUCCUACAUCUAUGGUUCAGAAUCGCCAGUGGCCUAUAUUAUUGGAGCAACUGAAAUCGAUAUAAUACCAGCACCUAUGGUACCUCGUUUCUCGUCAGUUGGACCUAACAACAUCACUUCAGAGAUUCUCAAACCGGAUGUCACUGCGCCCGGAGUGUCUAUUCUAGCUGCAUUCUCGGAAGCACCAGGCCUAGGUCCUACUUUUAUUCCAUUAGAUCAACGUCGUGUCCCGUUCAAUAUUCUUUCUGGAACUUCAAUGUCAUGUCCCCAUGUUUCUGGUGCUGCUGCCCUUGUAAAAGCCAUUCAUCCCGGUUGGAGCCCAGCGGCCAUCAAAUCUGCGAUCAUGACCUCUGCCAGAACCAAGGCCAACGCGAGAGAGCCAAUGAUGAAUGAGUCUCUAUCAGUGGCAAACUUCUUCAGCUAUGGUGCAGGGCUAAUUAGGCCCAAUCGGGCAGCGGACCCAGGCUUGGUCUAUGAUCUAGGUACCCUUGAUUACUUGAACUUUCUAUGCGCCAUUGGUUAUAACGCAACCAAAAUGUCAAUAUUCAUGGAGGGAGACAAUAAGCCAUUCACAUGCCCUCCAAAUGCCACUGCGCCUACAGAUCUGAAUUACCCAUCAAUUACCAUCCCUGAUCUCUCUGGCAAGAAAAUGGUGUACAGAACAGUCAGGAAUGUGGGAGAUCAAGGCAGCACCACCUAUACUGUUCGUAUCAAAGAACCUGCAGGAAUAUUAGUUAAGGUUGAACCAGAGAGUCUGAGGUUUGAGGAGGUGAACCAAAAGCAAAUGUUCACGGUGACUGUGGAGCCGAAGAAGGAAGAUGGCGCAGUUGCAAGAGAUGAUGAGAGCGGUGACUAUAGGUUUGGAAUGAUUAUAUGGUCGGACAGGAAGCAUUCAGUGAGGAGCCCUCUUGUGGUCGGCCUGAGCAACAAAAAAGACUGAAGUGAAAGAAACUCCAUGUUGUUUCAAUGUUCAUAAAAGUCGUUUCAUCCUUUUAAUUUGGUGUAUGUGGUCUCAGAAUCAUAUCUAUAGCCCAUAAUAAAUAAAUAAAAAUUCAAAUAAUCUAC